AUGCUCAACCUCACACUUCUACCCUCACCACUUUCCUCAUCGCCCAUGUUCGAGAGGCUCAAGCAGAAAGUCACCCGCCGACAGUCGGAGCCGGCGCUCUUGGAUCUCCCGCCGCUGCCCUUUGGCAACAGAAGGGCGCUGACGUCCACCAACAGAACCAUCGUCAUCAGCGACGACCCCCACCCUCGCCAUCUGCCGCUGGUGCUGAGACUCAGAGGCUCGUCGCUCUCCAGCAACGCAGCUGCGCUCGAGGUGCCAGGUCGACUGCGGCUGGUGCUGAAGAAACAGGCCAAGGAGCUCAUCAAGCACGAAACCUCCCAGGUGGUGGGCAAAAAACUCCAUUCCAUAUUGGCUGACUUGGGCCUCCAGCAGCCGUUUCCCUUGACCACCUCCAACAACUCGCUCCAGGGGCCCCAGUCCAAGCUGAUCCGCACGUUUGUCGCCAACACAAACGACUGUAUCUACUUGCCGCCGGCGCUGCUGGCCAGCUUUACCUAUGAUGAUGUUGAGAACGGUGGCACAGUUAUUCCAACGGGAGAAGGCGAGAGUGGAGAUGCUCUCGAGAGUGAUGCACGCGGGGAGUUUGCUGAGUUUGAGCUGGGGCUGCCUGCUUUCCGAGAGUGGGAGCCAAGUCAGCUGGCACUGCCAGGUGAGCUGAGACUGCUGGCGUUGAAGCUGUUCUACUCACCCAACCACUUGUGCACGGAAAUCGACGCUGAUCUGCCCAUCCCGCACGUGUUUGCCUUCAUCAUCGAGCUCACCAAGGAAACAGCCGUCCGAGACGUGAAAUUCGACUUCCAGUCGUGUGUGCUGACCUUGUGGCCCACGGGAGACCCUCACAACCACUACCAUCAGAAGGAGAAAUUUAAAAUCGGCUCGUUCGAAUGGAAUUCGUCGUUGAGCGACGCUGACUACUACAUCAACACAGAGAACUCCAACGAUGCCAAAAUUAGCAAGAUCGGGCCCAACGAGCUUGCUCAGCGGACCAAGCGCUACCGUUUAGUCAGUGUGCGAGAGUUGGCUGACGACGUGGACCCGGUAAACCACCCUAGAAAGUCCUUUCUGGUCAAUCAAGAUACAUCAACUUUCUCCGAUGCCGUUUCAAUUGCGUCUACAAGCGCGCCGCAAGAGAACGCUAAAGCUGGUCUUUACGUGUUUCUCUUGCCCUUGGUAUUCCCUCCACACAUGCCUGCUUCAGUCACCUCUAUCAACGGCUCACUUGUACAUCGUUUGACCAUGUCUAUGACAAAAAUCAGCGAAAAACUCAACAGGAAGUCCAAAGUCUAUUCAUUCUAUAAUCUCCCGAUGGUGAGGACUCCGCCGUCUUUGGCUAAUUCGGUGGCUGACAAACCAAUUUAUGUCAACCGAGUGUGGAACGACGCCAUGCAUUAUAUCAUCACUUUCCCCAAAAAGUAUGUUGCUUUAGGUUCCGAACACACAAUUAAUGUCAAACUCAUACCUUUGAUGAAAGACGUCAUUUUAAAGAGAAUCAAAUUCAAUGUGCUAGAACGUAUCACCUAUGUGUCCAAAGAUCUUAGAAGGGAGUAUGAAUAUGACAGUGACGAUCCAUACCUAAUGAGGAACCCUGCCGAUGGAAAAAUCAGAGAACGAGUGGUGCAUUUAUGUGAGCUUAAGACGAAAUUCAGAAGCAACUAUACUGGUGCAGAACCGUUCAAGGAAGAGGUUAUCAAAUGUCCAGAUAACAAUUUAUUAUUCUCUUGUUAUGAGCCAAAAGACGAUCCUGCCUUAGACGAUCCUUUAGCGAAGCCCGAGAAGUCAACCUUGAUUGCCUCUCCACUCGACAUUAAUAUCGCUCUUCCGUUUUUGACGACAAGGACGGAUAAAAUUUUGAUGUCUGCUAGUAAUGAAGAUCCUCUGGGUUCAGCAAGUAUUCCUCGGAGAUCAAUGAGCUUGGGCCGUGAGGCUAUCCAGAAUGGCCAAAUGUGUCCCUCAUCACCGGUUAUAGGAACUUUGGAAACGCAAAUCAGUCACCACCCUAAUGACGCAAUUUCAGACGAUGUGGAUGACAAUGUGCUCAAGCUUGACUCCUCUGCUCUCAUGGAAGAUCACAAGUUCUCCAGAGAAAACGUCCAGCAAGGUUACACCACUGCCCAGAAAGCUUUGGCUCCUGACUCGAACUUCCGUCAUAUUCAGAUUACUCACCGCCUUCAAGUCUCAUUCCGAAUUUCCAAGCCAGAUCCAAAAGAUAAUAACAGGAUGCAUCACUAUGAAGUUGUCGUCGACACACCAUUGGUGUUGCUUAGUGCCAAGUGUAAUGAAACUUCCAUUCAAUUACCAAAGUAUGAUGAAAUUGGAACUGACAUAAUAGCGGAGUCUUCUGCUCCCCCGGAAAGAAGAGGCAUAUCGUUCAGAACACCUUCUUACAGUCACAAUGGUGUCAGCAUCAAACCACUCGAUCCAGAAGGUGACGAUCGCCUUCCAUCUUUUGAAGAAGCCAUUUCGGCAUCUGCUUCUCCUGUGAUGAGAUCAUUCUCAGUUGCAGAAGAUCCCCUCAGCAGGUCCAACUCCGUCUCUUUCGCUGGCCCAGCGCCUGCCUACGAAGAUUCAUUACCUGGCUCCCGAGUGGAUGAUUUUAUACCCACUCUUCAGAUCGACGAUUUGGUGAUUGAUUCGAAUGUCGCACCAGUGCCUAGAAAGCCUUCAACAAUCAAAGCAGCACUUGGUAACUCAUUUGCUGCUACGUCGUCUGCUUCCAACGAACGCUCAGACAACGACUUAUCAUAUGUACCUCAUACCAGGGACGAUAGAUAUCGCGACGAAGGAGAGCCCGCUUCAAUAUUAAGCUCUGAUAGUGCUAGCGAAGCUGUCUCGUCAAAUGACACAAUGUCGACAUCGACGAGUCAUGGCUCCAGCGGCGACAGAUUGAACUCCCAUGAUAUCGGGUCUGUUUCUCCAAGGACAAGGCCCCAUCACAAAAAUGGCUGCGAAAGACGUAAUGAAAGCUUUUCCCAUGGAAUUUCCACCAUGCCGCUCCUCAAGAACGUGAGUGUUGAGCACGUUGGUGAUGAUACCGCUCAGAGAAACGAGCUUGCCAGGAUUCUGUCCACUGAUUUAGGAGACCCCAAGCAACUCGGGUUUCCCCACGCCUACUAA